CAGGAGCCUGGUGGCAUUGCUUCUUAACUUGAAGCCAGAUUGUAAGUGCGGAAUGUUUGUUGACGGUCCUUUUCUGGCGGCUGAAGCGAGACAUUUGCAGUUGGAGCAUCUUAGCUGUGUGAAGAAGUGCCACUUUCUCUCCUGGACUGUUGGUGACAUCUAGAAGACUAAGUACUAAAAAUGGAUGUGUUUGGUGGUGCACCACGUUUCUUGGCUUAUCCAAGACCAGUGGUUGUACAAAGUGGAACUGAUGCAGUCCUAAAGUGUCAAAUUGGUGGCGAUCCAAGGCCUGCAGUUAUCUGGGAACGAAACAAUGAAAAGAUUGACCCACAAGGACAGUACAGGGUCUUUGAGGAUGGAAAUGUUUACAAUCUCAUCAUAUCUGCUGUGACGGUAGAAGACAGUGGACAGUACAUAUGCAAAGCAAAGAACAGUAUUGGGGAAACGUAUGCAGCAGCCACACUAAACGUGGAAGGUGAGGCACAAGAGAUGGAGGUACGAGAGGAAAAUAAACCACGGUUCCUUAUCAAGCCACUCUCUACCCGUGUGGGUCGUGGUGAAGAUGCUGUCUUUUCUUGUAAGCUCUGGGGAAAACCACGGCCAGAGGUUGUCUGGGAAAAAGAUGGCAAGAGACUCAAUGACAUAUUUGAAAGUACACACUUCACCGUGGGCUACCAGGAUGGUGGAUGGUUUCAGCUUAAGAUCUUUAAGACUCGUGCUCCAGAUGGUGGUGUGUAUACAUGCAAAGCAAGGAACGAAUUUGGGGAAGCAUUGGCAGGAGCUGUGUUGCUUGUUGAUGCAGGCCCAGGACAUGAGGAAGAAGGAAAUCGGAAUGGCUACACAAACGGCCACUGGAAAGCCCACCAAGGAAAACUGAGGAGUGGUAGACAAGUGCAAAACCGACUCAAGGACAAUAGUAUGACCAAGUCUACGAAAGUAAAAAUGUUUGCAGUGACAGAGGGCAAACAUGCCAAAUUCCGUUGCUUUGUGACUGGUAAACCCAAACCAGAAAUUAUUUGGAGAAAAGAUGGCAGACUGAUACUGUCUGGAAGACGUUACUUGUUAUACGAGGACAGAGAAGGAUAUUUCACACUUAAAGUUCUGUACUGUAAGCAGAAGGAUAAUGGAGUUUAUGUUUGUGCUGCAUCAAAUACUGCAGGGCAAACCCUCAGUGCUGUACACCUCUCUGUAAAGGAGCCACCUGUGAGGUUCAAGCAGCCUCUCAUUGAUCUAGAGGUAUGGGAACGAGAUUUGGCUAUUCUUGAGUGCGAAGUUCCAGAGGACUCUGUUCCGAUCACAUGGUAUCUGGAAGACAGGCGGUUGCAGCCAGGGGCCAAAUAUGGAAUGGAGGAGUGGGGAACAAAAAGACGAUUAACCAUCCGUGACAUCGGAGUUGAUGACGAUGGGAUUUACCUUUGUGAGAUGCCCGAUGGGGGAAGGAGCAUCGCAGAGGUAGCAGUAAAAGGUACAAUAUUGCGGAAGCUCCCAAGAAAAGUAGAUGUCUUGGAAGGUGAAAAUGCUGCCUUUUGUGUUGAAGUGGAAAAAGAAGAGAUGGACGUACACUGGUACAAGGAAGGCAUAGAGCUGCGAGAAACUCAUCAGACCAUUAUAAAGUCCUUUGGUCGAACUCACAUUCUGGUUUUUGUCAAUACAAUGCCCCAAGAUGCUGGCCUUGUGACUUUCCUUGUAGGCAGAUCCAAGACUUCCUCUCAGCUAAGAGUCAAAGCUGCCAGACAUUGUCCUCCCAGUUGCCCAGUGGCUGUGCAGAUCAACACAGAGCGUGCAAAUGCUGCUCUUCUGUCAUGGGUUUCUGCUCAGGACUCACGCAAAAACCCUCCAUCGGGAUAUGUGCUUGAACGACAGGAAGUGGGCACAGGCUCACAAGAGUGGCUACAGUGCUUGACCACUGACUCUGCAACAUCUGUGGAGAUCCUUGGUGAUAGUGUACCAUGUGAAGCCGAUUAUCGAUUUCGCAUUUGCAGUGUGAACAAAUACGGAAAGAGCAAUAAUGUUGAGUUCCCAAAAGCAGUUCACUUAGUUCCAGUGGCGAGAAUACAAGCUCCCUUACAGGAUGCCUUAGUGCCUGAGGGACAAGAUGCCAUCUUCUCUAUUGAACUCUCUGCUUCAGUUAUUGGAACAUGGUUCUUAAAUGGUACUCAACUUCAGGAGGAUGAACGUUUUUCUAUGCGUCGCUCCAGAACACACCAGUCUCUUCGCAUUCGAGGAGUACGUGAUACGGAUAAUGGGGCUGAGAUCACAUUUAUCGCAUAUAGUAUUCGGGAUUCUGCAGCACUGUACAUUCAAGCUCCUCUUGUGAAGUUUUCACCUAUGUCAGAAAUGGAUCGAAACAAAUUUGUAGAAAUUGGAAACCCCAUUGUGCUCUACUGUGAGCUGUCAGACCCUGCAACUCCAGUGCAUUGGUACAAGAAUGGGGGGGAAUUACAAACAGUUGAGGGUCUCCAUAUCCAAUCUGAGGGCACCAUGAGAAGAAUAGUUAUCCAGUCAGCAGAAUUAUCACACUCAGGAGUGUAUUGCUGUGAUGCCAUUGAUGACGUCAUCAGAUUCAAUGUGGAAGUAGAAGCUCCACCUGUGAAGUUCUCAGCAAUUCCUGACGAAAUGAGGACCAAGACGAUUGAAGCAGGCUGCCCUAUUGUACUCCAGUGCGUGGUGUCAGAUCCUGAAGCCCACGUUUGCUGGUACAAGGAAGAAAUGCAGCUAAUUUCAAAUACCGCAGUAGAAAUCCACUCAGAGGGCAACACAAGGACAUUAGUUGUUCAGUCUGCAGAGCUUCGCCACUCUGGUGUGUACAGAUGCACCACACAGGAUGAUACGAUGGAGUUUCAAGUGGCGAUCAAAGCACCACCGGUGACAUUUGUGGAUAUCCCAGAAGAAGAACUUUUCAAGAGUGUUGUAGAAAAAGAACAGCUUGUUCUGUCAUGCGAAGUGUCCAGAGACGAUGGCAUUGUCCAGUGGUAUAAAGAUGGAGCUGAAAUGCAACCAAGCAUUAAAGUUACAAUGGAAGCAGAGAGUACCAGAAGAAAUCUGACUAUCCAUUCAGCUCAACUGUCAGACGCAGGCACAUACACAUGCCGUGCAGGAGACCAUGUUUUACUCUUCAAGGUUACCAUACGAGAACCUCCAGUGAUGAUAAUCUACCCUAAGGAAGAUGUCCACCUUGACCGCCAUGUCCCAGAUGAAAUCAUUCUGAGUUGUGAACUGUCUCGUAUCAGUGGUGUUGUCAGCUGGUACAAAGAUGGCCAGAAGCUGCAAGACAGUGAGAACAUCAAACUCAAGAUUGAAGGCCCUUACCGACGACUAAAGAUCCUUUCUAGUGGAGUCGAAGAUUCUGGAGAAUAUGUCUGUGAUACAGCCGACGAUUCAAUAUUCUUUCAUCUAAGCAUUACAGAACCUCCAGUGCGGAUUGUAUCCCCAAGCCAGUCACAAAUGGAACUUUGUCAACAAACCUCAGAGAGGAUGGUACUGAGCUGUGAGAUCUCACGGCCCAAUGCGGUGGUGCGCUGGUAUCGAGAUGGACUCGAAGUGGAGGAAAAUGAUAACCUUAUUCUGGAGGUGGAUGGUGUCUACAGAAGACUCAUCAUACCUGAAACUACUGUCAAAGAUUCUGCAGAAUACGUAUGCGAUACAGCAGAUGAUUCCGUGACCUUCUUUGUGAACAUAGCAGAGCCCCCUGUCCGCUUCAUACGUCCAAGGAAGAUGGCGAGUAGAGUAGAGAAAGUGGCUGGGGAGACUCUGGUACUUGACUGUGAAGUUUCAAGAUCAAAUGCUGAAGUCACCUGGAAGAAAAAUGGGGAAGAAGUAGAAGACUCCAGAAAUAUCACCAUCCUUGAAGAUGGCGCCAUGCAUCAAUUAACCAUCCACUCUCUCACAGUGAAGGAUGCUGGGCAAUAUGUCUGUGAUGCAAAAGAUGAUGUGAUGGAUUUCCAAGUAAAAGUGAAAGAAUUGCCUGCAAAAAUUCUUGGAAAACCUGAGGCAAAAACAGAAAAGGAGUUCUUAGUUACUGAUGACAUUAUUCUUGUGUGCGAGCUCUCAAGAUCCAAUGUCUCAGUCACUUGGUACAAAGAUAAUGAGCUUAUUGACGACACUGAGCGAUACUGUAUUGAGGAGCAAGGUGUCUUCCGAUCACUGGUUGUCCUAAAUGCUGGGCUCCAGGAUUCAGGAGAGUAUGCUUGCGAUGCAGUGGAUGAUAAGAUGGUCUUCCAUAUCACAGUCAAAGAGCCUCCAGUACAAAUCAUUGGGAACUCUGGCCACCCAGAGCAUCACAUCCUGGCCGCAGGAGAUGACCUUAUUUUGGAGUGCGAGGUAUCGCGGUCAGAUGCCACUGUUCAGUGGUUAUGGAAUGGCGAGAUACUGAAACCAGAUCCCCGUAUCAAAAUUGACAGCUAUGACGUUGUGAGAAAGCUUGUCGUCUCUGGACUUCAACCCUCAGACUCUGGAAAAUACAUCUGUGAUGCCACUGAUGACCAAAUGAUAACAAUUGUUGAGGUGCCAGAGCCUCCGGCCAAGUUUGUGAAUAAACAAGCAAAUAACAUCUUGGCCUAUGAAAAUGAGAGUGUUACAUUGUGUGCCAUUGUGAACAAUGAAAGAGCUAAUGUUCGGUGGUUGAAAGAUGGCCAACUACUGAACGAGGACAACAUUCACAUUUCCAGUGAGGGUAAUACCCACAAGCUCACUAUUAAUCCUCUGCAGCUGUCAAAUUCUGGAGAAUAUGUCUGUGACGUAAACACGGACGAGAUGCAUUUCAGUCUUUUAGUCAAAGAAAUGAAGGUGAAAUUUAUUAGACCUUUGGAGAACACUGUGUGUAUAAAGGGCCGCAGCCUCACUCUACGAUGCGAGAUCAAUAAACCCAAAGGAGAUGUGCAGUGGCUGAAAGAUGGCCAGGAGAUCUCUCCAAACCGCCGGCACACAAUACGGGCACAAGGUCGGGAGCGUAGCUUCACCAUCCACCAAAUAGUGGAAGAAGAUGCUGGAGAAUAUGUCUGUGAGUCCACAGAUGACAGGACGUCCUCUACUGUCAUUGUAGAAACUCCUCGUGUUGUUGAGUUCAUAGCAGAGGUUCGUAACAUCACAGUACGAGAGGGAGAAGAUGCCGUUUUUAAGUGUGUGGUUUCACCGGAAGAUACUCAGUUGGUGUGGCGCUUAAAUGGCAAGCAAAUAGCUCAAAAUGAGCGCACCAUCAUUUCAAGCAAUGGACUGUGCCACAUGCUCUGCAUCCACAACUGCCUGGUUUCAGAUAGCGGCAGAGUGACAGCUGAUGCCGAGGGUUUGGUAUCUGAAGCAGAACUCCACGUUCAAGAGCAACAGGUGCUGUUCACCAAGACAAUGGCACCAGUAGUUGCUGAAGAAUACAGUGCGGCACUUUUAGAAGUGGAGGUGAGUCUGGAUUCAGAGGAGAUACAGUGGAUGAGGCAAGGGGUGCUGAUCCACCCUGGGGCAAAGUAUACCCUUAAACACAAGGGUCGAAAACACUCUCUCACCAUACACAAAGUGGCCAUGUCUGACCGGGGCACCUACAGCUGUGAAACCCUCCAUGAUCGCACGCAAGCACAGCUAACAGUGGAACCUCGAAAAGUCACUCUCAAGAGGGAACUGGUUGACAUUACCACCACAGAGAGAGAAACGGCGUCUUUUGAAGUUGAGCUCUCACAUCCCAAUGUCCCAGGCACUUGGAUAAGAAAUGGAACUAAGCUUAAGCCGACAAGUCACUUCCGUAUUAGUGCCAAAGGACAAGUCCACAGCCUCAUCAUCUAUAACCUAUCAGUGGAAGACACUGGCACCUUUACAUUCUCUGUAGAGAAUCUGAAAACAUCUUCAAGGCUUGUUGUCAAAGAGCCCCCAGUGACCAUUUUCAGGAAACUGGAGGACCAGAAAUUCUCUGAAGCAGCAGUGAUCUCUCUUGAGUGUGAGCUGUCGAGACACAAUGUCGAUGUAAAAUGGUUCAAGAAUGGGGUUGAAAUGAAGCCCAGCAAGGAAGUGCGCAUUUAUGCAAUGGGUAGAAAAAGGUUUCUUCAGAUCAUUAAAUGCCACGUCAGUGAUUCUGGCACGUACACCUGCGAUGCUGGAGAGGCCACCACAUUCUGCACUGUGGAGGUCUAUGAGCGUGAGCUAUUGAUCCUGCAGGGCCUCGAGGAUUUGGACAUCCAGGAAGACGAGAAUGCCGUGUUUGUGUGUGAGAUCACGGUGGACGACGUGCCAGGGGAAUGGUUCAAAAACGGGGAAAGGAUACAACCCACAAGCACUGUCAAGAUCCGCCAGGAAGGGACCAAACAUUUUCUCCUUAUGUGUAAUGUGCGACCAGAGGAUUCUGGGGAGAUCAAAUUUGUCGCCAGACAUGUUGAAUCUAUUGCUUACCUGGAGGUGGAAGAGGUUCCUAUCAACAUUGUGAAACCUCUGCAGGAUAAGACCGUCCUGGAGAAGACCCGAGUGAUCCUGGACUGCACUGUGUCAAACUCCAGAUGUAGCAUCCGCUGGUACAAAGGACCCAAUGUCAUACUGCCCUCUGAGCGCUUCGAGAUCAGCAGCGAAGGCUGUUAUCGCAAACUGAUCAUCCAGCAUGUGCUGCUAGAUGAUGAUGGCACAUACAGUGUCCAGGUUGGCGAGUGUACCUGCUCUGCAAAGCUGACAGUGGAGGCCCAGUCCUUGUUGAUGGUCAGAGAGCUGAAAGAUGUGGAGGUCGCGGCCCCCAAUGAAGCCAGCUUCGAGUGUGAAGUGUCUGCUCCUGUCGUCAAAGCUCCCGUGUGGAGUUUGAAUGGCGAGGCCUUGCAGCCCAGCUGUCGAGUAAGCCUGGAGAAGAUGGGCACAGUCCACAGGCUAACACUCAGACAAACCUCCACGGACAUGAGUGGAGCGGUGGAGUUCACGUCAGGCAAAGCGAAGAGCAGCGCUCAGCUUCGGGUGCUGAGUGACGCCUAAGCGACUUGAAUCGCCUGUCUGUCUGUCUGCUGCUGCUGCUGCCACGCAGACAUGGAUCCGUUGCUCUUCUGACGCUGUCACGUUGUGACACUGAUGUUGCUUAUUAUAUUUCUACAUGCAGUCUACAAAUGUGGUUAAAACAGGGUUUGUCAUGAAUUGUCUUGCAGUUCAGUUAAAGUUUAGGGGUUCUCUGUGACUCACUUUUAUGUAAACAGAGGUUGUUGUUUUUCUCUCCGUUCAUUUAAAAUGAUGUUGUUGUGUGCAAAGAAAGUGUCAAAGCAGUUUCUAUUUCAUGAUAUGAAAAAUGUAGUUGGGUUGUAAAUAAUGUUCAGUUUGGAAGUGUUUCGACUGUAACCGAAUACGAAUGUGUUUGGGGUUUUUUUUUGGUAUUCACCCGUUCAUUCAAAGUACAGUGACAGUAAGUGCAUCAUUAUUUUAUAAAAUUCAAAGCACACAUUUAGAGUGAAUUCAGUCUACCCAUAUUUAUACAUCACAUUUUCCAGAUGAUUUGCCCCAGCUAGAUACGCUGAAUUAUUAUUUUUACACAAUAUAAUUAACGCCCUAUUACGUCCCCAUGUAUCAAAGAUUAGUUUUUCAUGGCUGUUGUGACAUUAAUUCAGAUUAUUUUAGGUCUGAAGAGCAGUUGACACCAGUGUCAUCCAAGAAACGCCUCUAUUUCCUAUCUAUUUUCAUCGUCCGUUGUAUAGAAAUAGUUUUUUUUGUAUAUCUUUUGAAACUUUAAAUAAAAAAACAAACAAACAAAGUCUUUUAGAAAGUGGCUUGUAAUGUAAACACAUUGGGCCAAAGAAAUCAAGUAAUAUAACAAAGAAAUAGAACCCACAGAUUACUUGAUCAACUUAAUCUGUGGGUUACAACUUGUGCCAUAUUCCAUUUCUGUUUUUUCCAUUUGAUUGUUUCCACUCCUGCUAUGUUGUGUUGAGCGUUAGGUAUGUGAGGGAAACAAAAAAAAAACAACUGUAGUGAAAUAUGACCUGUUUCAAUAAAACAUGCUUUAUUGAUGCAAUGUAGAAA